AUGGGGUCAGGAGCAUCGGGCUUCGCCGCUGAGAACCCGGGCACGGACUUGCGGCUUCCAACAACCGGACUUCGAUUCACCGUUAACCAGCUACGUAGCCUUAAUUCUUACGUUGAUACGCUUUAUGAAGAAGAUCAAAAAAAUCGAAUGUCAAUUGAAAUGGAAUGCUUAGUCGAGGGAAUAGUUCAACGAAUUGUGGACGGAGCUGGGCAGAAAGACCCUCGCUUCCGAUGCAGUCAUUUGAUUGCGCUGCAUAGAGAAAAAAAGAUGCGAUCACGUUCACUAGAGUACAUAGUCACGUUGGAUUCGUUGCCAGUCCUGAACGCUGACAGUGAGGACUGUCGUCUCCAGGACGGUCCUGUUGGCUACGGGAAGAUCAGACUGACUGGCCGGGAAGCUGACAAGUGGUCGGAGUUUUUAACACCGUCGGGAUAUUUAUGCAGGGACAAGGUGGUGGAGCGAUGGGUGCAGGCAGCGGCACGCAGUGCGCGUGCACGGGGAGGGGGAAUCGAGCGCGUACAUUGCGCGCGAGCUUUGAUACAUGCGCGCCCCUACCGCUACUGCUACUUGCAGAGAGUAUCCCCUCAAACAAGAACGGAGCAUCGCUUAGCGAUAGUGGAGGGUGCGGCGUGGGUGAUGGUCCGCGUGGGUGUUGGGGGUGCGGGGGGUACAGGGGGAGGUGGAGGCGAAGUUGAUGCUGGCAGCCAGGGUGGGGGGCGCCGCACGCGCCGCUUACACAGGCGCCGUGCCCCUCACGCACCCGCUGGCUCUGCUGCACUACACCGCCGCUCAGGGGGCCCACCGACGUCCACGGCGUGUAACGAGCGUGGGGUCUUGUGGCAGUUUUGGCACCCUUCACUGGAGGCGACUCUGGACUCGCAUUGCUCUGAUCUGUCAACUGUGGCUAGAGUGGCCGGUGCGCUUAACGCUACUAUAGACCACAUGCGAGAGGGAUCCUAUCAGGGCUCUAUUCGGCUCUUAAGUCGUUACAUGGCGUCGUGUGCGUUUCGAGCGAGGCUGCUGGACUGCGGCUCGUACGACAAGUGCCUCGCUCGAUUCUGCGCACACGCACACAGAUCCCAUCAUCUGCUGCUCACUAUCGACUCGGCCAAAAUGAAACUUAAUGACGUAAUUCUGCGUUUAGCUAUAAAGGAUAAAAGGAAUAUACCCGUCAAUUAUUAUCAAAAGAUUGGGGGAACAAACUUGCAAGAAUCAAGAGAAAAAUCGGAUUUUGAUAUUAUUGACAAUCUAUCAGAAACCGGAAAAAUUGACUACGAUAUACCACAAUGUAACCUCGUAAGAGCUAAUCAAGAUUUCAUAGCUGUUCCCGAAGCUGAGAAAAAUAAGACAAGAAUUAAUUCCAGCAAGAACACUACGGAAUUUGAAACACUGUUAUCUCCAAGUGAACACUUCAAAAGCUAUCCCAUCGAGAAAGUUAAUUUUGUUUUGCCAAAUGAUCUUCAGACUCAAUGUGAAAAAUAUGAUAUAACAAUAAGUAAUUCUGCUACUUACAAUACUGAAAUGAUACCAUCUACAAGUUCAAUAGAAGUUAAAGACCAGAACACUUCUAAUUCAACUUCAAAUGAGGAUAGUGAUGACUCGGUGAAGGAUCCAGAUUUUCAAAUUGAGGAACGUCGUUCCAUUAAAAUCUCUGACGAUUCCGAAACUGAAGACAAUGUUGGUAGCCAAGCUAACUUCGAAGCUACACCUGCAGCUACAUCUUCAGUAUCAACAUUGUACUUAGGCCUAGAUGACACGAUACCAGAUACGAAAAAACGAAGCAGAAAACGUGUAGCCAAACCAAUUGAGUGGUUACAAAAUAAAUGUAAAAUCCUCAGAAAUGCAGGAUCUGCUUACGUAACACUAAAAACAAAGGUGAAGAAGGAUUCUAGAAAAAUUAAACCACCGUGUAGCGAACGUUGUCGGUUAAAGUGCAAAGAAAAAUUUUCAGAAGCAGAUAGUGAAGCUGUUUUAAAGAGUUCUCGGAACUUAAAGAUAUUAACCGCCAAAGAGAUUUUAUCAACAGGCAUAUUGGGCCAAUAA